UGAGGGAGUGAGCGAGCGAGCGAGCGAGCGAGUGAGGAAGGCAGGCGGGAAUACGCGCUCUCAACUCGGAGCUCCCCGUAAACCUGGUGCCCGCGAGGACUGGGCUCGAGGCCGGAGCCCGCGUGCUGGAGCGGAUCAGUAUCGAUCGGAGACGAGAGGAUAAUUGUCCGAUUUGCGACCCGCCGCCGCGGAUCGUGGUGGGACCCGCGCCGGCCACGCGCGCCUCGCGCUCGCGCUGCGCCUCUUCAAGGACCUUCGGCGCGUCCUCGGUCGUGUGUGUCUCGCCAGCUCGACGCGGUUUGCCACACCGCCACAACUCUGCCUUAUUCCACGAGUGGAAAUACAGCCGAGCGCAAUUAUUAGUCUACGUGACGACGGGACUUUUGACAAAAAAAAAAAAAAACAAAUCGACGUAUUUGCUCGUCAGAGAAAUUAAUGUAUGUAUUUUUGUAAUGAUACACAAACGGAACCGAUUUAAUAACACUGCGGCCAGUUAGGGUACGUCUCCCGAAUGGAAGCAGUGACACAUUGGAGAGCGCGCGGGUGAAAGUAGGGUAUAAAUUGGAGGCGUCGGGGGCGCGCGCCCUGUGUCCGCGUGCGAUGUGGAGUGACAGAGGCUGCGGCUGCACACCGCGCUUUCGACAUUUCGUGCCCUACCUCGGUGUCGGUUAAUCCCCGCCGGGGAUGGAUGGUACAGCUUUAAAUGUAACGAAUCCGCGCAGUUUGCUGAUACAAUUACAUUAAAGAAAAAAAGGAGGAAGAAGAAGAACAAGAAGAAGAAAGCGACAAGUUAAUUCUCAGAAGGCUCCCACUUUGUGUCCCUUUUGGAAGCCAACAUGGGGAUUAAGCUGCAAGUUAUUCUAGGAAUGUUUCAGUUCGUCUUGGUUACCAGAAUGCCACCGUCUUAUGCCAAGCUGGCCCACUGGCAACCUGCCGAAAGUCACAGAUCCAGGGAAGUGCUCAAGUGGCUGGAGGUGUAUAGCAAGAGCCGGUGUCAGCCCCGGGAGACCCUGGUGGAGGUGUGGAGAGAGUUCCCCAGGGAGACGCAGCACCUCUUCCUGCCCUCCUGCGUAGCCCUGCGGCGCUGCGGGGGCUGCUGCUCCGAUGAGGCCCUGGAGUGCGUUCCCUCGCGCACCUACACUCUAAAUGUGGAGCUGAUGAAGACCGCCUACAUGAAGCACGAGCUGGUGCAGAUGCCGUUCACUGAGCAUAGCCAGUGUGAGUGCAGACUGAAAAAAGACCUUCUCCCGGUCCCCGACAGGCAGGAACAGACACCCCUGCGGAAAGGGAGGAAGAGGGAGAGAGGAAAAGCCGAACUAAAGAAAAAUGGAAAAGUCAAACCAUCCCCCAGCCUCCCUCCCCCCACCCCAGGGCCAGAGUGCGCCCCCUGCCCCAGGAGGCGGCGGCUGCUGGACCCCCGGACGUGUCUGUGCCGCUGCAGCCAGACCCCGGAGAGCUGCAGGCAACGGGGGAAACGCCUGAACCAGCAGAGCUGCAGAUGCGAGUCCCUGAGACGGUGAAGGGCCGAAGCCCCGUCUGCCCUUCCGGAGACAGCGACGAGUUGGAGGAAACGGAAGAAAUCAUGCUCAUUCAAUAGUUGUGUGACGGAGAGGAGAAGACAAGGUCGGGGUCGACCUCGGAGGACAAUAAGCGCAGGGAGGUGUGUGUGCUCACGCAGAAAGCCACACACCUCUUUUGUCUCCCUCUCAAGCUCUCUCGAAGCCAUCGCUGCAAGUAGUCUUACGUGAAUAUAUAUGUGUGUGUUAUCGAGUCCCAUCGCAAAGCUUUUCGGCAAACCGCUGCUAAACCGGACCAUGUUUCCACGGCACCCCGACCCCUUAAGGGUAAACGGAGGGACACGGAUCAGAGACUGAGAACGGAGGGUCCGGGAGAACGAGGUCACGGAUGCGCGAGACCCGACGCGCAGGUCGGUCUCGCGAGAGGGUCGUCCGACAUCGUGGACCUGCGCGCGAGGACCCAGGUGACUGAUAUUACCCAGGUCAGAGUGGCUGGGCGCACCGGCCCGUGUCCCGUUGAGCGGCUGCUGCGGACCCCCGUUGAAAUCCCCCUGCCGACGGCGGGCCGAAGGAGGUAGAAGCAGCUCCUGGAGAGCGCGGCGUGGAAAAAGCGGGGCCUCUUUAAAACGAGCAAUUGCCAAAUUCUUUAAGCCACCGCUUCAUAAUCCACGCCAUCAUAUCGCCGUUCCUACCGAGCAAUGAUCGGUUUUUGUCCAAGUGGAGGACUUAGCUGCUCGCUCCCGCUCUCCAUCUGAAAGCAGUGUUCGAUUGCUGUAGGAAAAGCAGAGCAUGUAGGAAUCUGCGCCCGCGGUACAACGUAACCCCACUAUGACACCUCUGGAUGAGAAUAAAAAGGGUGUGAAUACUAUGCGAUGGCAGUAACCGGGUGGUAAGUGAGCCCGCGGGCGGUAAACACGCAGCAGGCUUUGCACAGGGAAGCAGGGCACUAUGUCAGGUCUCUGUGCUGUGCUGUGCUGUUGGGGGGAAGGGGGCUGUUCCACCCUGCCGUAGAUGGCCAAGAUGUCACGAAGCUCAUGGGACAGAGGAGCCGCUGACCUUUGUGACAAUUGCGCGUUCAUCGCUUACCGCUAACACGGCAGCGGUCCGGGGAAAUGAGUCCUGCAAGGAAAGUAUUUCCCGCUAAAAGCAACGCAGGGACGAGCGUACGUUUCAACAUGACAACUGACUUUUUAUGUUCAAGAAAUCACAUCCCCGUGCGCUUUGUAUUGUCUAACUAUAUAACCGGCGAGCCCAUGUGUACAGGCAGGUGUAGUUUAUACUAUCAGGUAUAUAUUUUUUUAUUUAAAUUUUCUUAAAGAGACCAAAUUUGAAAUGAUGUCCACAUGGUUUCGGUUACCACGCGGCUAAUGGUGCGGUCUUGCGUGUCUUUCUUUUUCUCGAUGCGUGUCCCUUCGACGGGCUCAAACUCCAUCAAUGAAUCCUCAUCCUUGUUUUUUUCUCCCCCCCCCCCCCUUUAGAGGAGUUGUUGGUUUUGUUUUGUUUCUCUCUCUUUCUUUGCAUGAAUGAAAGGGUCUUUAACUUUGGUUGGGAAGCGCUGGGAAUGCCAAUAGUAAUGAACGCUGGCUUUCUUCCACAGGACCACACACACACACACAUUCUCACACACAAAAGCGCACAUACAAAUAGGUUUUUGUAGGAUCCUUCAGUCGGACAUCCCCGAUCAAUACCUUUGCCUUUUAACUUCAGCCACAUCGACGCUGAAAUGACCCGCAAAACUUUACGCUCACGGACACAAAGACACACACACGCACAAACUGACUCGAAGAACCGACACCGAUGACAAUUUCAGGACUUUGCCAACAAGUGUAGAACUGUGAUCUAAACGAACUCUGAACACACGCCACCGUAAAGCUUUUUCGUUGUCCGCUUGCAGUAUAUUAAUUUGUACAAUUUUGGUUUCUUUUCGUCUCGCUGCAGUUAUGUUACUGUUGAGAUGUGGUUUGUGUUGCCUAUACACGCGUCUUCGGCUGGUUGUCAAAAGUAGAUUCACUCUGUUUUAAGGAAACGCAAUGUUUUCUUUUUUUGUUGUAUUGCUUGCUGUUAUGUUUGUUGGCUCUCAAUGCUUGCUUUUCAGAGGAGCUCUGAGCGGCCGGUUAUUUACACAAUUGGCGCCUACAGAGUAUGACUGAAUGUCUGCGCUGAAUUUAAAGAGAGGUCAGGGGCGAGAGAGAGAGAGAGAGAGAGAGAGACCCCAUUGGUGCUGCUCAUUAAACAUCCUCGGGUCUGAUUUAGUCUCGCAACGCAUAAAAUUCAAAUUUCACACACAAAGCAACGCUGAGAUGGGCAAGAAAUGGCAUCUCUCUAACAGCCUUCGCUUUUCAUUCGCUCUUAGACAACUCGUUUCGAUUCCGUGGAAUCCUUUCUUCAUCGGGUUUCUAUGAUCAGCGAGUGAUUGUAGCCGGAAACAUCAGUAAGCCCCCCCCC